UUUAUGGCAAUUUUAGAAUCAAUUGAUGGUCAGUGCAAAGUGUGUUUAAAGUUGGUAAGAAGCGAGCUGUUUUCUUCCAGCAUAAGGUAAAAAGACAAAGUUGUCUGGUUCCCCAAUCAAAGAAGAUGCAUUUUCAAAUACUGUUGCUGCUUGUGAUUUCUGUAAAUAUAAAUGGAGAAAUACUUCGUCUGCCAUGCAAGAUCUUUGCCAAUUUUACUGCUGUGCUUCAUGAUCAUUCACUUAGUUCUACAUUUCGUUCUUUGGACAACUUGGAUGAGCAGAUGUGUAAGUUUGAAUGCAUCAUGGAGCAUCGAUGCAAGUCUAUAAACUUAAACAGAGAGUUGGGUAUUUGCCAGUUGAAUAACAAAUCAGCACAGGAUCCUAAAGAUUUCAUUGAAGCCCAAAAAAAGGAGGGUUGGACAUAUCAUUCAACCCGUUUUGAAGAGAAAAAUGUUGGUCAGUAUUGCCAAGCAAAUGAUCCUUGCAGCGCCGGACAUAAAUGCAUUGACACUUGCUACUGCCCAGGGUAUGAAUGCAUUGCAAAGAAUAUCGCCUAUAAGAAGCCAUCUUCCCAUUCAUCAACCCGUACAUAUGACGGAACAGAACUUGUGGCAAGCUUUGGAAAUGAUGGUGACAGAACGGCAGAGUGGCAGAGAUGUAGUUUCACCAGUUAUGAAGAGCAGCCCUGGUGGCAAGUGGAUCUUAAAGAAGUAGCCGCUGUCACACAUGUUCGGAUAACAAAUUCUAUAGCCUGGUCUUCACAUGAUACAUACCCAUACAAUGUUAGUGUUGGGAAGGAUAGUUCAAACGGCGGAAGAAACAAUGCGCUUUGUGUCAAUAAUGGAAUGUUGGCUAGCGGCGAGAUGAAAACUUUUUAUUGUCCAAAGCUGAUGAUGGGUCGCUACGUGAGUGUGUUUUUGAACAGGAAAGAAUUUCUUCCAGUAUGCGAGCUUGAGGUUUAUGAAGCAGAGAAUUUGGCAUAUAAAAGGCCGUCCUCACAUUCAUCCGCUAAAGAAUAUGAUGGAAUUGCAUUGGUUGCCAGCUUUGGAAAUGACGGUGAAAAACUGGGGAAUGGCAACGAUGCAGUAUCACAAAUAAUGACAUAGUACCCUGGUGGCAAGUGGACCUUACAAGGCAAGCUGCUAUCACAAGUGUCCAAAUAAGAAGUGGCACAACUUGGGGUCAAUUGAAAAUCAAUCCAUUCGAUGUCAGUGUUGGGGAUGAUAGUUCAAAUGGCGGACGAAACAAUGCGCUGUGUGUGAAAGAUGGAAGGUUGGCAAAUGGUGAAUUGAAAAAGUUCGAUUGUCCACAGGUUUUGAUGGGUCGUUACGUCAGUAUCUUUUUGAACAGGCAAGAAAGUCUUCAAGUAUGCGAGGUUCAGGUUUAUGAAGGUAUGAGUAUUCACAUGAAAAUUUACUCCUUCAAUGUUGGUCAUAAAACGUAAAUGUAACUUUCAUCUUGCUUAAUAGGCCAUUACUACUUUUUUGCCUUUAACUACUUUUGGCAUUUCAUCGACAAAACCAAAAAGAUUGGGGUCACAACAAUACAAAGUAAACAAUGUAAAAAAUGUUUUAAACUGUAGAGAAAUAUCUAAAGAGAAAAAAUGCAUAGGCCAAUUUGCACGGAGGUCUUGUAAGACCAAAAGCAAUGUCGAAGAGAACUCUUUUUGCGAGUUGGCUUCCGGUGGUCUCGAAAAGGUAUGCAGUCCAGGAUAUGGAUCCCAAAAUGAUUCUAAGCGGCUUUAGUGG